AUGAGUUCUUUUAGCUUUGAUCUUAUUCAUUAUGAUUCAAAACUAUCUCCAUUUUAUGAUCAAUCUAAAACUGAGUCAGAGCGUUCGAAAGAAGCCCUUAUUCGUUCUCUCAAUCGCCUCAAUCAUUUCAAUUCAUCUAUGUUAAUUGAUGCAAAAUUUGUAGAGUCCGAUUUAACUAUCGGUGACUAUUUCAUGAACAUCAGUAUAAGUAGCUCAAUUAAACAACUUGUUAUCCCAACCAUGUUAAGUGGCCUUACCUGGAUACGAUGUGACCCUUGUUCUUCCAACUGUGGGAGUCAACAUAAAUCACUUUAUAAUCCAAAAUUGUCAGAUACCUAUAAGAAAAUUAUGUUCGACUCAGAAGAGUGUAGACUUCUACAACGUGCUGAGCCUGGGCAAUUAGGUGAGUGUCGAUAUCAAGACUACCGUUCUGGCAACAAUUUAUUCUCCUCUGGAGUGUUGAGCACUGAGUCCUUCUACUUAAAAUCUCCAUAUUUGCCUCAUGAUAGUUUCUCUGAUAUAGUGUUUGGAUGCGAUGAAGUACAUCAAGGCAAUUUUAAAGAUGGGGCUCAAGGUGUUGUUGGCCUUGGACAAGGGCCAUUUUCAUUGGUUUCUCAAGUGGGAAAAAAAAUGGGCCCUAAUGCCAAUAAAUUCUCGUACUGCUUGGUUGAGAAGCCAUUCGAGGUAUGCAGUAAGAUUCAAUUCGGACCGGAUUUUACUCUCGACAAACAAAAAAAUACAUAUAAACUGGAAUUUCAGACUUCUGAUGCUCCUAUCCGCUACCACCUCAACCUUGAAGCCGUUAGCAUUAAUGGUAAGAAAGUAGAGAUACCAAAUAAAAAACAUGAUAUGAUAGUCGAUAUUCAGACAUCCUUGACGUCAUUGCCUUCAAAUAUAUACGAUGAAUUCAUCGCCAGGGUUAAAAAACAUUUUGGCAACAUACACUCAAUCGAGUUGCCGAAACACGGCACUUGCUUCCUCAAAAAUCAAGUCAACAAGCACAAGAGACCCACGGUUGUGCUUCAUUUUUCUGACUCAUCCGGAUCCCACGUAAAAUUUCCUGUGAAUCCUUCAACAUUGUUUCAGGAAACUGAUGAGCACAUGUGUCCGACAAUAAUCCGAAAUGAUGAAAUUUCAAUUCUAGGGAAUAGGGCACAAAUAAAUGUUCAUAUGAUAUUUGACCUGCCAACCCAUUCACUCACUUUUGCUGCAGUUGAUUGCCUCAAAGCUAAAAUGUAA